ACAAGACAAUGGAUACGAAAUCGUGUGAUUGCAUGAGCUCUAGAUGAGCGAUAGCAUUAUCUUAAAUAUUGCACGGAUUUUUUGACGUCGGCUGUGAGAGUGAGCAGUAAGGGAAGGUCGGCUGUUUUGACAGGUUAUCUGGAGACAAAGCCCGUGUGCGCGUCUCCGCAUCUCCUCCCUGUCAUUGUUCACCCAGGCCCGCCCAUCAUCAACAGCAUCUCCAAGAAAAAGCCGGGCGGAUUGAGAAAAAUCAUCUUAACAUUACCCUGGAGCCCCAUAUAUGUUGAAGAAGCUGGACAGCAUAUGAGAGGUGCAGCUGGUAUUCCCUGGUCCUUCAUCAUCCAUGGAGAGAUUCCUGCAUCAGAGACAGCAAGGACCUCCAUACCUGCCAGCUCAAGCAUCCACAGCAUCACUCUGGGAAAUGACCAGUGUCUCCAUCACGUCACCAGACAACCUAGCUGUUCUCAGUUUUAGUUUUGUUCUAUAAGAUGCUUUAAUAUCACAUCUUUUGCAUUGAGUUACAACUUUCGCCCGCCGUGAUGGACUUCCCAGGUCAUUUUCAGCAUAUUUUCAAACAGCUCAACCAGCAGCGGCUCCACGCCCAGCUGUGUGACUGCCUGGUGGUGGUGGGGGGCCAGACCUUCCAGGCUCACAGCUCCAUCCUGGCAGCCUGCAGCUCUCACUUCAGGGCUCUCCUCUGCUCCAGCGACGGAGACUCGGCCGCUGACAGAAGUUACCCCAAAGUGAUGGAGCUGGAUCCAGAGGUUGUGACCCCAGAGGCCUUCUCCACCCUUCUGGACAUGAUCUACACCUCCACCCUCUCACUCGGAGCCUCCAAUGUGAUGGAUGUGUUACUGGCUGCCUCACACUUGCACCUCAACCCUGUGGUCAAGGCCUGCAAGCUCCACCUGUCCCGGAGAAACUUUCCUCCUUCAGCACCCAAAGGCUGGAAGUCUAUGCAGCAGCAGCAGCAGCCGUGUCCGUGUUCACAGCAGCAGGUCACAUCAGCCAGGGACGGGGACCCGGAUAAGGAGGAUGUGGUGGUGGAGGUGAGUCAGUCCGGUGGGGAUAAAGACAGUGGCGUGAGGACAAAUGAGCAGAGUGCAGUACCAUCACUGAGACAGAAGAGAGAGUCAGAGGAGGACAGGCCUGAUGACAGGAAGAGACUGUGUACGCUACCUGGAGAUAACUAUUGGGAGUGUUCACCUAGUGUGACCAGAAGCACUGAGGAAAGAGGUGGAGGAGAAGGAGGGGGUCUGGCGUCUCCAGACUGCCUAAAAAUGCCUGAGAAUCUCUGGGAAAACCAAGGUGAGGAUGAGGUGGAGCAGAAAUAUGAAGCAGCCAAAGGAGAAUCAGAAGAAAUCCAGCUGCCAACCCAGUCAGACAGCAGCACAGGAGGACUCGGUGUGUGGGAGAAAGGUGAAGAUGCAGAUGGAGACUCUGUGGUCAAAGUAAAAGUGGUAGAAGAGGAAGGUGAUGAGCCAAAGAUGCCAGUGAUUGAGGUGAAAAAGGAAAAUGUGCUCUCAUAUUCCCCCGAUUUAGAAACGAGCCAUUCCCUUCCAUCGCCUUUGCAAGACUGCACAGACAACUUUGAUUCUCAACUAGGUGAUCAGAAAAUGUCCAUGGCUGGCCAUGCAGGAGAUGAUGAUGGAUCUUUACAGUCAUCUCUGUGCACGGAUCUUCACACAGACGCACAGAGACCCGGUGGAGACUUGGGUGACGACACAGUGGAUGGUGAAGGCUUGGAAAGCUUUUCAGAGUUGGCCUUUUCCUGCUUCCUCAAUCCGAGUAGUGAAAAUGUCAUGGGUGGUCUGGAAGAAGAAGACGACAGUCUCGCCAGCCUCACUGCCGCCGCAACUGCUGCUGCUGCCGCUGCUACCAGUGACGCUCCCACUGCUUGUGCUGAUGGAGAUUUACAUAGUGAGAAGUCAGAGGAAGGAUACACCUCUUCUUCCCAGUCCUCCGAUCCGUCAUCUUCUCUCGUUUUUCCAGUAACCUCCGUCCCCUUGCAGCAGAUUCUCCCACCUCAGAGCCCCAGUUUCAGUGACACAAUAAUCCUCCAGCCUACCCAGAAUUCUUUGGCAGGGUUCUUGAGUGGUAUCAGACCGAGCCUCAGUCUGGACGGGUCCCUCGUCCAACCCCCCAAGGCUGGGAAAAGCUCCAGCACUACAACCUUCCGUCGUAUCGCCCCCAAAGUACCACCCGGAUCAGAAGCCGGCGGCGACGCUUCCUCUGGAUCAGCUGGAGACAUUACAGACCGCCCAACCCUAACUAGAGCUUCAGAGGAUGUUCUGUUCAAGUGCAAGAAAGCUGCUGCUGAGGACCACGUGCUGCUGGUUGAAGGGGAGAAGAAAUAUGCCUGUAAGAUCUGCUGCAAGACCUUCAUGAACCUGACGGACUGCAAGAAGCACAUUCGAGUCCACACGGGAGAAAAGCCUUAUCCUUGUCAAAAGUGUGGCAAACGCUUCAGUCAGUCAUCCCACCUCUAUAAACACUCCAAGAACACAUGCAUAACCUGGAAAGAUGGUCAGUCUUUCCCAGACUCUCUGCUCUGAUGUAUGAACUUGGCAAAAGACAAGAAAAUCAUCAACUCUUUUUUUAUUUGAAUUUACAUGAACUCAAAUUUGUCUUUUCUUUCCAUGCCGACUUUAUUUUAAUAACUCCAUGAAGUGAAAGCAAUAAAAUAGCUUACACAUGACUAAAGGCAUGAAUUCAUUCAAACCACAGAUGUAAAAAGUAAUGAGUAUAAAUGUUGCAUUUCUUUGAUGAUGAAGACAUAAUCCUAAAGAAAACAUACAUACUUUUAAACUUGAUUUUAAGAUUUUAUUCUGGAGGGGAGGGUGUCCAACUUCAUACAGAACUAAAGUGUCCUGCUGUUUAUUAAGUCUAAAGUGCUGAUCAUGUGAUGCUAAUUUGUACUUCAUGGAUCACCGUUAGAAAGGGAGCUAUGAGCAUUGAC